AUGGGGAUGUGUGAGGGCUCUGCUGCCCUGCAAGGUGCCCACGUGUGCUGGGGUGACAGGCUGGCUCUGUCCUCAGGCCAGACAGCCCUGCACAUCGCCAUAGAGAAAAGGAGCCUUGACUUGGUGAAGCUGCUGGUGGAGAACGGAGCUGAUGUCCAUGCCAGAGCCCACGGGGAAUUCUUCAGGAAGAAAAAAGAAGGAGUUUACUUUUAUUUUGGUGAACUCCCCCUGUCCUUGGCUGCCUGCACCAACCAGCUGGAUGUGGUGGAUUAUCUGCUCACCAACCCCCACCAGAAAGCCAGGCUGCAGGAGCAGGACACGCAGGGCAACACGGUGCUGCACGCCCUGGUGAUGAUCGCCGAYGACACCGAGGACAACACCAACUUCGUCAGCACCACCUACGUGGMGCUGCUCAAGGCGGGCGUGAAGCUCGACCCCGCCUGCAAACUGGAGGAGAUUGUCAAUUAUGAUGGGCUGAACCCUCUGCAGCUCGCUGCCAAGACGGGCAAAGUGGAGAUCUUCAGGCACAUCAUCCAGAGGGAGAUCAAGGACCCCGUGUACCGGCACCUGUCCCGCAAGUUCACCGAGUGGACCUACGGCCCCAUCCACGUGUCCCUCUAUGACCUGUCCUCCCUGGACAGCUUCGAGGAGAAUUCUGUGCUGGAGAUCCUGGCCUACAGCAGUGACACCCCGAACCGGUACAAGAUGGUGGUUUUGGAGCCACUGAACAAACUCCUUCAGCAAAAAUGGGAAACCUUUGCUUCCAAGAGAUUCUACUUCAGCUUUGCCUCCUACUUGUCGUUCAUGAUCAUCUUCACAGCCAUUGCAUACUAUCAACCAUUAAGGGUAAAGCCUUCCUUUCCAGUGGAACUCACAGCUGGAGGAUUCCUGUGGGUCUCUGGACUGAUCAUUAUCUUGUUGGGAGGCAUUUAUCUGAUCUUUGCUCAGAGCCUGUACCUGCGGAGGAGGCGCCAGUCCCUGAAGACCAUGUGCUCUGACAGCUGCAUCGAGAUCCUCAUCUUCAUCCAGGCCUUCUCCCUGCUGCUGUCAGCGGUGCUGUACGGAGCCAGCUCGGAGAAUUAUGUGGCAGUGAUGGUGUUCUCACUGCUGCUGGGAUGGGUGAACACCCUCUACUACACCCGYGGCUUCCAGCGCACCGGCAUCUACAGCGUCAUGAUCCAGAAGACCAUCAUGAGGGACCUGCUGCGCUUCCUCCUGGUGUACAUGAUCUUCCUCUUCGGCUUUGCUGCGGCUCUGGUGACGCUGAUGGGCGAUGCCCCCUCGGUGUCCCACAACAAAUCCCUGGCUCAGCCCGAGAGCCCCGGCAGCCACGCCAUGUACGGGGGGCUGCUCAGCGUCUCCCUGGAGCUCUUCAAGAUCACCAUCGGCAUGGGAGACCUGGAUUUCCARGAGCACGCCCGCUUCAGGUACUUUGUGAUGCUGCUGCUGCUGCUGUUUGUCAUCCUCACCUACAUCCUGCUGCUCAACAUGCUGAUCGCCCUCAUGAGCGAGACGGUCACCGACAUCUCCGCCUACAGCAAGAGCGUCUGGAAGCUGCAGAGGGCCAUUGCUAUUCUGGAGAUAGAAAAGGCCUGGCUGUGGCGCCAGGGGGGRAAGAGGAGAUCUGGCUGCUUCAUGUCAGUGGGGCUCAAUAAGAAAGAUGAGAGGUGGUGUUUCAGAGUGGAGGAAAUUAAAUGGACAGAUUGGGCAAAGGAUGUGGGAGUGCUGAAGGAAGACCCUGGAAACACCAGCGAUUCAGAAAUAAAUCCAGAAGCUUCCUGCUGAUGGAGGGCUGCUCUGCUGUCCCCUGCUGCAGACACCAGGUCCUGGAAGCGGCCACCC